AAAACCGGGACAGGUCAGGACAGCUCUCACAUAGUGGGCUAUACAUUGCCUGGUGCUUAAUUUUAUUGAAGCUGAGGAGCUCUAACAGGUGUCAGAAGCCACGAUGUCGGGUAAAAGUCUCCAGGGACUGAAGGAACAGGCUGGAGGUGCAGCAAAAGAUGCUGCAAACACGUUGGGACAGGCUACUCAGGAUGCAGUCAACCAAAUUACAGAUGCAAGCCAGAAAGCUAUUGACAAGGCUUCCAAGACGGCGCAAGAUGGGGUAGAGAAAGCAACCGGACAAGCUGCAGAAGCAUUGUCUGGCCUUGGGAAAAAAUGUGGAUUUAAGAAAUGAUGCUAAUUUAGGCAAGCAGUAUUGCAUAUAAAAAAAUAUCUCUUUGGUCUGCAAUUCCCUACUGCUUUGUGUGGAAAAAAAAAAAAGCUAUUUAAGAUCCGGAUAAUUUCUCUGUCUCCAAAUACAAAAUUUUAAGGCAGAAGACACCCUUCCCCCAUCCUUCAUAUAGGAAAAAUACAUCUUUUAGCACAUCUUGUAACAUCUGUUACAUGGCUCAUAAGGCUUCAGCAAUGCUAUUGCCCUGCUCUUACAACAGUGCUAUGAUUAUUGCCACAUUUGCUGAGUAUGUUUCCAAAGCCAGCGAAGCAGUUCAUGCUCCAGGACACCAGAAUGUUCGUGUGAUGAAACCAACUUUCCUUCCAGUAAUCAGAAGCUAAGCUGGGGUUAUAUUUCAUGUCAGCUGUUCGUUUGUUCCCAUUUGCUGUAUUUUCAGAUUAAG